CUAAGCCUGCUACAAAGCCAUUUCUUAUGCGUUUUAUAAUUUAUUAUUCAUACUAUUUUUAAACGGUUCUAAAGUUUCUUCGACAUAAUGUUCAAUUUUUAAUUCAUCUUCAUUCAAUAUCCUUUUCACAGGUUUCACAACCACCUAAUCUUAUUAUAUUUCUUCCACUUUUUAUUAAAAUUCCUCUUCAUUUUAUUCCUCUAUAACUUUAUUUUAAGCCUAAUCAGUAAAAUAUUAUUGCAAUAGUGAAAUUUCUUAAGGGUUAUCUAUUAAAAUACCCUCUUCUAAUUUUUAAACAUUAGGUAUAUUUAUAUUGAACUUAAAUUUUGUAUAAAUAUUUAAAUCAAUAAAUUUUGUCAUAGUAAUUUCAUACAAAGAAUAAUACCUAUAAAAACUACCCUUUAUAAAAUUCAAAAUAUUAUCUAAAUCAAUUUUUUAAAAUAUUGGUAUAUUGGCUUAAUGAGAUAUUUUUAUUUAAGAAUAUAAUGCCUCUUUUAAUAAAUUAUAAGAGUCGAUUUAUGUCAUUUUAUUUUCCAUUGAUUAAAUAAAUAUUUCAUAAGCCAA